CUCUCUUUCAUCCUCUCUUUUCCCCGUCAAAGAAUUAACCUUUGCUCACAACUCUCCAUCCAUACUCCUUAAAACAAGAAAAAGAAAUGCCUGCUGAUUCCGGCGACAGGAGUCAGGUUCCAGUUCCAGGAAUUAUGGCGUCGCACCCACCACCUAAACUGACCGAGCCACUUCCAUGUCCCAGGUGUGACUCAACCAACACCAAGUUCUGCUACUACAACAACUACAAUCUCUCUCAGCCUCGCUACUUCUGCAAGGCAUGCCGCCGUUACUGGACUCAAGGUGGAACUCUCCGUAAUGUGCCUGUUGGCGGUGGGACCCGCAAAGCUCCCAAACGAUCUCGAUGUUCUUCUGGUUCUUCUUCUGUUUCGGUUUCUUCUUCCUCGAGCGUGACCCAUGAAGCAGAGUCUGCUCCUAUGGUCGUUAACCCUAUCCCCGUUAUGCCUGGAAUUGGAAAUAAACCUGAAAUGGCUUUGACUGACGUGAAUUUUAACGAAACUGUGGACCUUCCCGUCAACGGAGGCUUCACAUCAUUCUUGAACUCCCAGGGAGAAGGGUACUUGACGCUUGGUGGAUACGGAUUCGGGGCCGGUUCAGGUUUUGAUGGGGUUUGGGCUUAUCCUGGUAAUGGUUAUCUUGGUGGGCCCGGUGGUGGAAGCAGUGGGAGCAACACAUGGCAAGCAGCAAGCGAUGUUGAAGGCAACGGAGGGUUAGUUGAUGGAGAGUGCUUUGGUUGGCCAGGUCUUGCAAUUUCUGCACCAGGGAAAGGUUUGAAGUGAGAGAAAAAACUCAACCAUUUCAAGAAA